GGGGAGAGAGGCGCACUGACUGCAACCACCUUUGGUUUAAUUUCUUCCGAUAUUUCGCUUUGAAGUUUUCCUCACGCUCACCAUGGGAGUUCACGGUUUCCAAGAGUACAUUGAAAAGCACUGCCCCGGCGCUGUGGUGCCGGUGGAGCUCCAGAAGCUCGCCCGAGGGAGUAUUGUUGGAGGCGGCCGGCAGGGACCUCCUCAGAGUCCGCUGAGACUGCUGGUGGACGCCGAGAACUGCCUCCACCGGCUCUACGGAGGCUUCUACACCGACUGGGUCAGCGGGGGCCAGUGGAACCACAUGCUGGGCUACCUGGCCGCCCUCUCCAAGGCCUGCUUCCACGGCAACAUUGAGCUCCUGGUGUGCUUCAAUGGCGCCCUGGAGAAGGGCCGCCUUCACGAGUGGGUCAAGCGGCAGGUGAACGAGAGGCAGACCGCCCAGCAGAUCAUCAGCCACGUCCAGAACAAGGGCACCCCGCCGCCCAAAGUCUGGUUCCUCCCUCCCGUGUGCAUGGCCCACUGCAUCCGACUGGCGCUCCUCAAGUUCCGCGUCGGGGUGGUCCAGAGCAUGGAGGACCACCACCUGGAAGUGAUGGCCUUAUGCAGGGAGAGCGGCGUCCACGGCCUGGUUGCCUACGACUCUGACUACGCCCUGUGCAACAUCCCGUGCUACUUCAGCGCCCACGCCCUCAAGCUGAGCCGCAACGGCAAGAGCCUCACCACCAGCCAGUACCUAAUGCACGAGGUGGCCCGGCAGCUCGACCUCAACCCAAAUCGUUUUGUUGUUUUUGCAUCGCUUUUAGGAAAUCACAUACUGCCUGAUGAAGACUUGGCUGCCUUUCACUGGAGCUUACUCGGUCCAGAGCAUCCAUUAGCAUCUCUGAAGGUGCGUGCCCACCAACUCGUGCUCCCACCCUGUGAUGUCGUCAUCAAGGCUGUGGCUGACUACGUCCGCAACAUCCCGGACAUAGCCGACCUCGAGGCCGUUGCUAAGGACAUCUUCAAGCACUCACAGACGUGCACCGAUGACAAAGUCCUCCGCUUUAAGAAGGCAGUGGAGUACUACUCGGUGGCCAGAAGCUCCUCCCACUUCCCUCCACAGUUAGUCGGACCAAAACCAAUGGGAGUGUCCGCUGCAGUGCCGUUUCCAAAGAUGCUUAACAUUCCACAUGUGCCGCCGCCCGUUAAAGCCGGGGUCCAGCACCCGCACCCGGAUCUUCUGGUGGAGCGCUGCCCUGCUCCGGACCUCGUGGAGAAAGGCCCCCCGCAGCGGGACAGCUUUGGCAACACUCCUCACGAAGGGAAGCACACGCCGCUGUAUGAGAGGUCGACUCCCAUCAAUCCCCACGACCACCUGGAGGCCGCUCUCUUCAACGCCUCCUCCUCGUCCUCCUCCACGGAGAACGAGGAGAGCUCAGGCACAACUGCCAAUCAUGCUGGUGACCAUAAGGGAGGAUGGGGGAAAAACGGACAUGCUCCACAUUCUGAAAUCACGCCAGGAGGAGAAUCGGGGGACAGGACAAAAGGCCACCUCUGUGGGACCCCAGCUGCGGGCCCGGGGUCAGGGGCCGAGGGUCUCCACGGCCUGAGAGCUCAGAUCCCCUCGCUGCUCUCCAUGCCCACCAGGAACCACAUGGACGUCACCAUCCCGGCCCUCCCCGCCGUGGCCCCCGAGGUCCUGCGGGUGGCUGAGCACAGACACCAGAAGGGCCUCAUGUACCCCUACAUCUACCACACUCUCACCAAGGGAGAGAUCAAGCUGUCCGUUACCAUCGAAGAUGAAGCCAACAAAGACCUGCCUUCAGCAGUGCAGCUGUUUCGGCCAAUCCGCCAGUACGUUUAUGGAGUGCUCUUCAGCCUGGCCGAGGCCAGGAAGAAGGCCGAGAGGCUCGCCAUGAGGAAGAACUGCCUCCCUGAAUAUACACAUGUCAUGGUCAAAGAAUGGGCUGCCUACAAAGGCAAGUCUCCCCACACUCCAGAGCUGGUGGAGGCUCUGCCCUUCAGGGAGUGGACCUGCCCCAACCUGAAGAAGCUGUGGCUGGGGAAGGCCGUGGAGGACAAGAACCGCAGGAUGAGAGCGUUUCUGGCCUGCAUGCGCUCCGACACCCCAGCCAUGCUGAACCCCGCCAGCGUCCCCACGCCCCUCUUGGUUCUCUGCUGUGUGCUGCGGUUUAUGUUACAUUGGCCAGGAGUAAGAAUUUUGCGUCGUAACGAACUUGACGCUUUCCUAGCCCAAGCACUUUCUCCUAAACUUUAUGAGCCUGACCAGCUGCAGGAACUGAAGAUCGACAACCUGGACCCUCGAGGAGUCCAGCUGGCCGCUCUGUUCAUGAGCGGCGUGGACAUGGCCCUGUUUGCCAACGACGCAUGCGGACAGCCUAUUCCCUGGGAGCACUGCUGUCCCUGGAUGUACUUUGAUGGCAAGCUGCUGCAGAGUAAACUCAUCAGGGCCAACCGGGAGAACGCCCAGCUCAUUGACCUCUGUGAUGGUCAGCCUGAGCUGGCUGCCAAGGUGGAGAAGAUGCGUCAGAGCAUCCUGGAAGGUCUCAACUUCACUCGGCCGCCUCAUCCUCCUCCGUUUCCCCCACCGCCACCUUGUGGGAUGCCUUUCUACCCCCUUCCCGGCUCCUUCUACCCCCCGCCCCCUAUGAUGCCCCCUCAGGGGAGAGGCAGAGUGGUGCCUGGACUCGAAGGAAUUUCAUCGCAGGGUGGGAAGCUGGAGAUAGCCGGCACUGUGGUGGGCCAGUGGGCGGGAACUCGACGCCCCCGAGGAAGAGGAGGCUUCCCCUUUCAGGUGGUGUCUGUCGGUGGACCAAACAGAGGUCGUCCCAGAGGUGUGAUUUCCACGCCUGUCAUCAGGUCGUUCGGUCGGGGAGGCAGGUACCACACUCGAGUCUUCAAAAGUCAGCUAGCUUACCUGAGUAAGCCUGCUCAUAAGCCUGCUCUUAAGUCUGGACACAAUGCAGCGAAGGAGAGCAAGAAGCCCGAGACAGAGGAGAGGAAAUCCUCCCCAGCCACAGAGAACGGCGUGGAGAACGAGGAGCCGGACCAGCUCAACGGAGAUAAAGAGGAACGCGGGGCUCUCAUCAAACCUGAAAGUGCCUUUAGCAGCGACUCCAAGACGCGCAAUUCUAAUCCUCACUUAAAUGCACUAAACGUAGAUGGCGGCUGCCGCAGAGAGGAGUUUCUGGAGGCCGUCGUCUUAAAAGCAGAAGAGUAAGCCUAUUUUUCUAGCGAGGGUGAAGGAUGAAAGGUGGAACAGGGUUCGGAUGUCUGAGAAUUUCGAAAGCCUACAGUCAACGUACCCUUUGCCUGUCAGAUAAAAAGAUGAAAUUCUCAGUAAAACACAUGAGAUACACACAACUGCUAGUUUAAGCAAUCGGUCGCUCCAUCACUGAGAUUUUAAAUGUUUGUGGGAAUGAUACUUUUCUUUUUCACUAGAAUAUUAAAGAAGCUGUCAUUUGGAAAUAUUUUACUUCUUCUAGGUUGACACGUCAAGGUAGUAUCUGUUAUCAAUUUUGUGUUGUGUUUGGGUUUCAAACAAAGCAACUCGGUCCAAUUGUUCAGUCAUUUAGCUGUAGGCAACAUUUCAACACCCUAAAAAUCCGACCCAAAAAGAAACUCUUAACACUCAACUUGGUUCCUUUGAGUACCACAAACCCCCUUCUGCAUGGUUCACAGUGUCAGAGGUGUGUAGUUAUUAUGCAUGACGCCCUUUUUUCCUUCUAUCUUCACAUAGCACCGGGUCCAUUCACAAACUAAUGGAUGGCGAUGUAAACGGUAUAAAACAAAAAAAAAAGUUUGAUUUGUUCUGACCUUGGAGUUCUACCUACUUUGGAAGUAGCGUAUUCACACAAUGUUGUUCUGUCAUUUUUUGCAUUAGUCAAAUAUCUGAGAGAAAAGGGGAAAAAAAGAAUUGCAUAAAAGCUUUGAUUAAUCUUUUUGUAGCUUAAAGAAACAUACUCCAGCUUCUAAUUAAGACCCAAGCCGUCAAACCAGUAAUCGGUUUUAACUUCAGUGUUGUUUUCACACUUUUCACACUCAUUUAACAGUUUUACCCUCCUAUUCAGCUUUGCAUUUUCAUUAAUGAUCACAGAAAUGCCCCCUCCCCCCUCCCCGCCAGAGCUAAAUAGGUUACCUUCAAUGUAAGUGGAUCAGUUUCUUCCUAACUCAUGGAUUGUCAUAAGAAUGAACUUCUGUUGGGUCUGAUUGAAUAUCGAUGGAUUGAUUGUGGCGCGGUGUGUUUGAAGGCUACUUAGCGAAGCAAUUAAUAAAACUCUAUUCUUUUAGUACAAGUUUGUUGCUUGUUUGUUUAUACCUCAUCACACUGUAACAGCAUGUAGGCAUUAAUAUUUCACCUUUUCCCCCUGGCUCGCCGACU